AUUGUACUGAAAUGAGGUUUGUGCUGUGAUUCUGAAUUAAAAGUGAAUUAAAGAAUAGAAAUGAAAAGAGGUUGCGUGUCUUGCCAUGUUAUUAGGCUAUAGGUUGCAUUAUAGUGGGCUCUAUUGUGUUUAGUAUAUGUACCAUAAUUUACCAGACUUCUACCAGAUCUAUGUUUAUGAUUCUGACAGUGAUUGUUACUGUAUUUUGCCAUAAGUCUUCACUGUGCCUAUUCAAAGCUCGAGGGCAAACACAUAACUUCUAGAUUUAUAAGCAGCAACAAACUACAUUUUAACAUUUUAUAAUGCCUAGUCAUACUUCUGUUAUUUUGAUGAAAGUAACUCAAACGUAACACAAAAGUAGUGUAACUCAUUACAGUUCAGAGACAGUAAUAUUGUAAUGUAACUAAUUACUUUCAAAUGACAGUAAUUUGUAAUAUAUAAUGUAUUACACUUUGGAAGUAACUUGCCCAACACUGUUAGUGUAUGUUAAGGAUAUGCAAAUGUACAAACCCCAAAUUAAACAAUGACGCGAGUUAACGUCUCCAACUUAAAUCUCUUUUCUUGGACUACAACAAACACAUGGAUUUUAGGCAACAGUUUACUUCCUGGGAUUGGUGACAUGACCGACAAUAUCAUAAUUCCUCCCGCUUGGACUAACUCCUGUACGCAUUGCAUUGUGAGCAAAUCUUUCAAACAUGGUAAGAAGCGUCACAUUUCCAGCUGAUGUCAGAAGUAUUCAGACCAAUCACAACGUACAGAUUAGCUGGCCAAUCAGGGACAGUUUUGUACAAAUUCCAUGAUUUCAGAAAGACAGAGAAAUCUGGAGCUACAAAAAUGUACGGUAUGUGGAAAAUAAUGUCUUUUUUAACCAUAAACCAAUCAAACACAUUGUAUUAUAACAAAUACAAAAAGAACGUUUCUUAGCAAUGAAAUAGGUGCCCUUUAAUGACUUUACUAAGACCUAUGAUGAAAGACAAUGACUUUACGCCACCUACUGUCUGAUAGGCAGCCUCCUAUUCUGACAGCUGGGUUUCAUUUUGUCUCCUGUUUAGUGAGCUUGAUUAAGCUACGUUACAAGCUACGUUUCGAUCUUUGAGCAUUUUCUGAAAAAAGACAAACCUAAACUAAAACCUCUGCAGCUCUUAGAGCUUAUGGUCUAUCUAUGGUACCUCACACAUCACAUUUGUUUGCGCCCGCUUGGAAAUCUGGGCAGACGCACAUUUUACAAACGCAAACCAACCAAACUUCUUUUUUGGGGGAUUCUUAUGGCAUCUAACUUAUGGGUUGUGAACCAAACCAAUCAAACUGAAUCAUUGUAAUCGUUUUAUCAUUGGUCAUUACUUCCAUUCAUCAAAACUUUGUUGACUAGGCAUUGGCUGGCUUCAUUUUUGCUUCAUCCAAUCAAAACUUAGCUGCGCAAAAUGACACCUCACUUACCCAAUGAUGCACUCCCUGGGCAUUCUCAAACCUUAUCUGAUUGGACAAAGCAGGAAAAAAGAAUCUACUGGUACAGAAAGACGUUUCAGUGAUACGAAUAUUGAAAAUAAACAUGAUCGAUCAUACUAACCGGAAGCGCGGAGAUAAACAAAGGAAAUCUUACGGGAUUUUCCCCCACUUUUCGUUGUUUGGAUUAAAAUGUGGGAUGCAUUUUGAAGAGUGACCCUUAUGUUGCAAUGUAUGCGGGUGUUUUUUGGAUUCGUACGAAAUGAUCAGAACCAUAUGAGAUGUUAUGUAAGUAACUUAAUGCCAUUCAUAUUAAUAUGCGGUCCGUCUGUAUAAUUUAAUCCACUCUAUUGCAAUCUAUUGAUUGCAAAAACAAGAUCAGAACAUGACAUACAGAAACCCAUAGAAACGCCCUUAGGGCCCGCCCACAGGCCGGUGCUGGUUACGUCAAAGUUAAAUGAUUGUGAAUGAAUAGUUUCAGUUUAACUCUUUGUGCUGUGAGAUUUUAUCUAAAGAUUUUUAAAGUUCUGACACAUGGAUUGGUGUUUCCAGGCUAAUAAGCCCCGGCUAUCCACUGACUCUACAAACACUCCGGGCCUGAGAUCAAAUCUGAAAGCGAGUGUGUCUCACUUUUGUUGUUUUAAGUGUUAUUUGUAGUUUUAAUAGAUAAGCUUUAUCUUUAUUUAAAGUUUGCAUUUGCAUACGCAAACAUUUUAGGAAUAGGUUGAAGUACAGAGACAGUAUCGCGAGAAGAUGACGUACACGACGCACUUAAAUUAAUCUUGACAAAAAUUCGCAAAUUACAUCAUCAUCUAUAAUUGUCAUUAGACUUGCUGAUAUAAUUAAUUAAGAUCAAACUGGAUUUGUAAAUCUGUGGAAAAACCAUGUAGGACAAGGCCUAUUAUGUUAAUGUGCGUCAAAAUUAUAUGUCAAUUAUUUAUUUAACCAUUUCUUAUUAAUUAUGCAACUUAAACUUGAAACAGAUGCUACUGAAAAGCUAUUGAAAAACUAUGUAUAAUCGUUAAUAAACGUUUAAAUAUUUGUUUUUUAUUAUUUUAAUAAAUAUUUUUAUUAAAAUAUAUUUUGCUCCCCUACUCGCAUUUCUGAUUGGUUCACAAGCUAUGGCGUCACUUCUGCAGGCAGCUAUGUGAGACUGCUAUGUGAUGUCUGUUCAGGAGACAAUAUCGCACCAAACUUACUCAAUUUCUUAAGGAUGAUGUUUUGUACGAGGAAUAGUGAUCUGAAAAAAAUUACCAAAAAUAAUAUUAAGGAUUUUUUUGCCCAUUUUGCCCUUGAUUUCAACUUUGAUAGAGGAGAGGACAGGAAAGAGAGAGGGGUAUGGAAACGGCAAAUGACCACGAACAGGUGUUGUGUCGAAGUCUGUUCCUCCUAUGUUCCCCCUAUUUUUCCCUUCAGUGUAGUGUUUUUAUGGCGUUUUUAUCACGUUAUAGGUUUUAUUAUUUAUAUAUUUAAAGUUUUAAUGGCUACUGAGAUGUAUAUGUGUGCAUUUCUGUAAUGUAUCUGUAUUGUUCUUAAUGGUAAGUCAAUUAUUUUUACAGUAUGAAUCAUAUUAUAAGUAUAAUAUUUAUUUAAUUAUGUAUGCAAACAUUACAUUUUUAAAACAACCAGUAAAGGGAAAAAAAAGAAAAAGACAGGCUAUAUUUUAAAAGAAAUACCCUAAUAGAAAACUGUCAAAUGUAUGAAAUAUUUAAUAAAUUGUAUUAUAAAAUACAUGAUAUUAUGCCUUUUUAGUAUAACCAAUUCAAAUCUUUAAUCUUUCUAAAUGUAACGUGAUUAAAACGCUAUAAAAGCACUACACUAAAGGGAAACAUAGGGGGAACGGAGUUCGACACAACACCUGGAAUCAAACUCGGGUGGCUGAAAGUGCAAAAACACCACAUGUCGGAGGGCUGCCCACUACUUUACACAAUCUGCUCCGACGGAUAUAAAAAAUAAUGUCUAAUUUAUUUUUGUGAAAUAGAAAAUACAGAAAACAUGUACAGGUUACACCAAAUUAACUGUUCAAUAACACUCCCUCUUCAUUUAUUUAUUUACUAUGUAUGAUGAUGAUGAUGAUUUUUUAUUAAUGUUCUUACUAUCAUUUCUAUUAUUUUAUUAGUGUAUUAUUUUCUUUUGUGGUUUUAAUCUAAUUAUUUAAUUAAUUCAUUAUUCAUAUAUUAAGUGUGGUUUGUAGAGUUUAAAAUAUGUAAAUAUAAAUGUUUUUAUUUUUUAAAAAUAUUAAUUCAAAUGUGUGUACUCAUUGAUUCUGUUCAUGCGAUUUUUGUGUAGUUUUUUUAUCUUUUUUUGUGUGCGCUGUGUAUUAUUACAAAAGAAAAAAAUGUUUAACAAUGUUAAUUUAAGUAUUUAAUGGUUUGAAUCGGAAGCAAUAAUAAACAAGCAUUAAAUGAUGUGGUAAUGUACAUAUUAUUACAAGUCAUCUACAACACUUAUGCAAUUAUUUAAAUUCAUAGCUUGUGACAAUUUUACAUACAUUUUAAUUAUUCGUCUUAAAAGCUCAGACUAAAAUGUUUCUGAAAAAAAUCUAAAUAAAUAGACAACGAUCCCCGUUUAAAUCUUUGAAUAUUUAUCUCUUUAUGAUUGCUACCUUAAUUAAUUUCGAAACAUUGUAAAUGGAUUUGUCUAUGAUAAAAACAAACAAAUGUUGAUGUCUAUAACACAGUUUGUUUAUAAAUGAAAUAGCUACCAGACAAUCUGUUAGACGGACAUUUGCCUUAAAAGACGUUUAAACUCAUAAGAAUCCAAUUUCUAUUGAAAGUUAAAACCAAGCACACUAAUUAAUAAUAAACAUCCAUUUUCCGAACAAAAUAUAUGGCGAUUUAUUUAUUGAAGUCGACAACACAAAUAACAAGCAGUCCAAUAAUACUGAAAUUGCGUGUAAACAUUAAAAAUGUAAAUGAGAUAAUAUUUUAAAGAUGUGACCAUUUACUUUACAAAUGUUACAACAAAAUAUCUGAAGGGUGCUGUAUGAAAAAUAUUACUUCUUAAAUUUCUGUGUUUACUAAACAGCAUUGGACUGAAGGGAAAUUUAGACUUUAUCUGAAAUAGAAAAGAUAGACAACUCCCGAUAAAAAAAUAAUAAUGUAAAGCAGUUAUAAAAAUAUAAUAAAAUUAUAUACAUAUUAAUAUAUAUGUUUAUUGGUUGUCAUGGUUUUACUACACUUAACUUUGGUAAGGGUGACGCUAUAAUACUGUGAUUAUUACGUAAAGUUUCAGAGGCUAUAAAACCCAGCGCACCCUUUAUUGUUUCGUGGGUUUUCAGUUCGGCGUGUUUUGGUACUUGCAGUCCAAGGCGAUUUACAAUGUUGUUUCUUGUGUUUUUGUUUCUUGUUCGUCUUUGUUUGUAUUUUGUUCGUCUUUGUGUUGAUUUCAUGAAUCGUGUUAUCGUCUUUUUACGACCCGGGCGCUUUUCUCGGGACAAGUUUCUUUCUGGAUUGGACAACGGGUCGACUCUCUUGUUUAUCAAGAAGAAUCGGCCCGUGGUUACAAUCCGAAGGGAUUUGUCCGCUCAUAAGCUCACCGUGCCCUCCGUCCCGGAGUUCCAGGAGGAGGCGCUCGGUGAACCGUGCGGUCAGCGGGAGAGAGAGACUGAGGAUGCUGAGCCUCAGAGCUCGGUGAGCGGAGCCGUCGCUCCUCAGACUCCUGCGGUCCAGACAGCAGAGGAAGCCUGUCCAGAGGAGAAGACCAUGAUUGAGGAUGAAGACUUUGAAGAGGAGGCAUCAGAGUCUUCAUCCCUUCAUGAGUCUUCUUCCAUGUCUGGUUCAGGCUCUGACUCCAGCUCUCUUAUCAAAGGGAGUUCCUCUGUUGUUGCUGACGGUAGUGAGGACGAGCCACUCGCCAUCCAACCAGCAGCAUGUCUGCCGUGGAUCGGUCGGGUGGUCUCGAGAGCUGACCUUGAGCCCCCAGCUCCCACUAAAGACGGACCUCCUUCAGCUCCUCCGGUGGUGACAGCAGAGGAAGCCUGUCCAGAGGAGAAGACCAUGAUUGAGGAUGAAGACUUUGAAGAGGAGGCAUCAGAGUCUUCAUCCCUUCAUGAGUCUUCUUCAUUGUCUGGUUCAGGCUCUGACUCCAGCUCUCUUAUCAAAGGGAGUUCCUCUGUUGUUGCUGACGGUAGUGGGGACGAGCCACUCGCCAUCCAACCAGCAGCAUGUCUGCCGUGGAUCGGUCGGGUGGUCUCGAGAGCUGACCUUAAGCCACCAGCUCCCAGGAAAGGUUUUCCGCAGUGGAGUGAUCUGUGGAACAUGGUGGACCUCAACGGAUCCCGUGAGGAGUCCACACCUCCAGAUUCAGCCUGCACACAUCAGGAGAAUAGCACAGAGACUAAAGAUCUCAAGGCGAGGGCGGAGAUUUUAGUCUCUGAAUUGGUCCGUUUCUCCGGAUGUGGUUUUGUUUCUGCAGAAUUCCGAUUUAAGUUAGGGCAAAUGUUGGUGAGCUUUGCCCUGACCUCUGAGGCGGCAUGCACUCUCGCGAGGGAGACAUUGGACCGGGAAAUGCUCCGUCUGCGUAAAGAAGAGAAUUCGCCCCAGACGUUGAUUCACCUUUACAGGUUCAUAAAGAGGUUUCCCAUGAUUUUUAUUGGUAUGAAAUGCCAACUCCAUCAAUUUGUCCUCGAGGAUCUUGAAGAUCCAGACCUUGUUUCAGAGGAUGAGGAUGGACCAGCUGAGAUCGCUCCUGCUAACCCUUCAGCCGAGGGCCCCCUCUUACCUGCUCCUCUGGCUGUUCCAGAGCCUCCACCAGGUCUCCUCUUCUUCCCGGCUCCUGAACCUGCUCCACAGCCUUCAGUGGAGGUCCUCUCCUUCCCGGCUCCUUUGGCUGAUCCAGAGCCUCCACCAGGUCUCCUCUUCUUCUCGGCUCCUGCACCUGCUCCACAGUUUUCAGUGGAGGUCCUGUCAUCCCCUCCUCCUGCACCUGCUCCACAGCCUUCAGUGGAGGGCCUCUCCUUCCCGGCUCCUUUGGCUGUUCCAGAGCCUCCACCAGGUCUCCUCUUCUUCCCGGCUCCUACACCUGCUCCACAGCCUUCAGUGGAGGGCCUCUCCUUCCCGGCUCCUUUGGCUGUUCCAGAGCCUCCACCAGGUCUCCUCUUCUUCCCGGCUCCUACACCUGCUCCACAGCCUUCAGUGGAGGUUCUGUCCUCCCCUUCUCCUGCUCCACAGCCUUCAGUGGAGGUCCUCUCCUCCCCUCCUCCUGCACCUGCUCCACAGUUUUCAGUGGAGGUCCUCUCCUUCCCGGCUCCUUUGGCUGUUCCAGAGCCUCCACCAGGUCUCCUCUUCUUCCCGGCUUCUGAACCUGUGGAGGUCCUCUCCUCCUGUCCUCCUGCAUCUGCUCCACAGCUUUCAGUGGAGGUUCUCUCCUCCCCUCCUCCUGCAUCUGCUCCAAACCUUUCAGUGGAGGUUAUCUCCUCCUCUCCUCCUCCACCUGCACCGGCUCCACAGCCUUCAUGUGGGCCUCCUCAACUCCAGAUACCUCCGUUCUAUAAGCAAAAGAAUGCAGACGCUGUGAAGGACGUGGAGGUUGGGAACAGAUCUUCUUCAUCUGAACUUUCACCUCCUCUCGCCUCUCCUCCGUCUAGGAAGCGUCGGGCUCCUUCAUCUACAGAGCAAAGUAUUAGAGUUCAGCGUGAGGUGUCACCAAAGAGAGCAAGACUGUGUCCAUCAAGCAGUGAUAUUAAAGCUCAACAUUCAUCUCCUUAUAGCCUAUCAGUUUCAGCUUCACCUCCUCAGCUGCAGACGCCUCCGUCCUUUCAGUAUACAGAUAAAAUUGAGGACAUGGAGGUUGGGAACACUCCUUCAUCCUCUCAACUUUUACCUCCUCGAAAUCAAUCGCCGUCUCCUGCGUCUCCUUCCCUGCCUCCUUCUAGGAAGCGUCGGGCUCCUUCAUCUACACAGGAUGAGAUGGAGCCGGCACCAAAGAGGGCCAGAGUUUAUGGGCUGUCGGCUCGGGUCACUCCUCCUCUUUCCCAAACGCCAUCUUCCUCUCAGCAAAUUAAAGUAAAUGCUACAGAGGUCAAUCAUUCUUCUAUUUCUCAACCUUCAUCUAAUCACAAUCAGAAGAUUCAGCAAGUGCCUCCUCCCAAAUCUCCUCCUCGUCGCUGUUGCAAGCGUCCAGCACCUUGUAGUUCACAGGAAGCAUCUGAAGGCAUGGUCUCCAUGAAGAAAAAGCCAAGACUUAAUGGAUUGUUUUAAAAAAAAAGUCAAGAAGUGGAGACCCAACCUUACCUCCUCAAACCCCAUCCCCAUGAGCAGCAAAAAAUAAAGAUUUUUUUUUUAUUAAAGAAAGUGUAGUGCAGAAAACAAAAAUGACAAAGAUUGUUAGUGACGCAUUCAUUAUGUUCAUUUGUUAUGACAAACUUUAAUGUGAUUAUCAGCCACAUCAAAUGAAAAGAGCAAAAAUCAUGAUCAGGUUUUACCAACAUUUCCAUCAUCCACUACAAACCAUGUACAGCCAAACUUACUGUAAACCUAAUAAGACAAAGACCCAAGUUAGGUUAAAAACACUGGGAGAGAAACUAAACUUAGACUAAAGUUUCUCUGUUCUCCUUUAAUUCCUAUAAUAACACUAACAGGACAGAUCACAGAUGAGUUCAAAACAGUUCAAACUUCAAAUCAAUUCAAGAUCUUCACAUCUUCUAACAAUCUGAUUAUGAGGUUAAAAGAUCAGAAGGUUUUAUAAAGGUCUCCCUACAGCUUAUGACAUAUAAUAUAUGAGAGAUUUCUGACUGCAGCAAAAACUU